GCCCCAGGACGGUUGGCGCCUCGUGGCGCCAGUACGUAGGUGGCCAACGCCUGGGCCACUCCGCCUGGGCGCAUAGUCCGUCUCUCUCGCUCACACAGAUGCACACCAAAGUGGUGCUCCGCGCUUAGGCGAGUCGCACCGGCACAGCGCACAGCGACUGUCGCACCUCGGAGUGAACCUGAACGCAAGCCGACCCAGGCCAGGCCCAUAGCAGCAGGAAACUUUCCACCGUCCGGGCUAGGACCCCGAGGACCACUCAGCAACUCUAUACUUAUAGCGCCCAGGAGUCCCCUGCGCCUGAGCAGACGCCCUACAGACCGCAAAGAAACGGGGCUCCGCUCAGCUAUAGUCGCUCCGCUGUAUCUUCGGCCCAGAGUCCGGUGGUGGGGGAAUGGUGUGAGAGAGAAGGCCGGGCCGAAGAUACUCUGGGGCCAGUAUAACAUAGGCUGAGCAACCCUCAGGCACAACAUGGCGUGCUGUCUGUCGGAGGAGGCCAAAGAACAGAAAAGGAUAAAUCAAGAAAUCGAAAAACAACUCAAAAGGGACAAGAGAGAAGCUAGAAGGGAACUCAAGUUACUUUUAUUGGGCACUGGAGAGUCAGGGAAGUCAACAUUCAUCAAACAGAUGCGAAUUAUCCAUGGCUCCGGCUACUCAGACGAAGAUAAAAAAGGCUUCAUCAAGCUAGUCUAUCAGAAUAUUUUCAUGGCAAUGCAGUGCAUGAUACGGGCCAUGCCUCUGCUCAAAAUCAGUUUUGCAAAUGGUGAUAAUAUGGAUAAAGCGGAAUUAGUUCGCAGUGUAGAUUUUGAGACAGUUACAACAUUUGAGAGUCCAUAUGUGGAAGCUAUCAAAGACCUUUGGGCAGAUCCAGGUGUCCAGGAGUGCUAUGAUCGCAGAAGAGAGUACCAGCUUACAGACUCUGCCAAAUACUACCUGAACGAGAUUGACCGUGUAGCGGACCCUACCUACCUCCCCAAUGAACAGGAUAUCCUACGUGUUCGAGUUCCAACUACCGGCAUCAUAGAGUAUCCUUUCGAUCUCGAAGAAAUCCGUUUUAGCUAUCUCGAUGAUUUGGCGCGAAUUGAACAAGCUGACUUUCUUCCAACUGAGCAAGAUAUUCUGCGUGCUCGAGUUCCAACAACAGGAAUUCUCGAAUACCCUUUCGACUUGGAUUCUAUUGUAUUUAGGAUGGUGGAUGUUGGAGGGCAGCGAUCAGAAAGAAGAAAAUGGAUCCACUGUUUUGAAAAUGUAACAUCCAUUAUCUUUUUGGUUGCACUCAGUGAAUAUGAUCAAAUCUUGUUUGAAUCAGAAAAUGAGAAUCGAAUGGAAGAAAGUAAGGCCUUAUUCAAAACCAUCAUCACAUAUCCAUGGUUCCAACAUUCGUCAGUGAUUCUGUUUUUAAACAAGAAGGAUCUUUUGGAAGAAAAGAUAUUGCAGUCACAUUUAGUGGACUAUUUCCCUGAAUAUGAUGGACCUCAGAAAGAUGCUAUUGCAGCUAGAGAAUACAUCCUUCGUAUGUUUGUUGAGCUCAAUCCUGACACAGAAAAAAUCAUUUACUCACAUUUCACAUGUGCCACAGACACUGAGAACAUCAGAUUUGUGUUUGCUGCUGUAAAGGACACAAUUCUUCAGUCAAAUCUUAAGGAAUACAACUUGGUGUAGUGUCAAGUUUCCCAACGGCAUGGAAUGCAGGCAGAGAGCCAGCUCUAUCGCCGACGGGUGUCCCAUUCUCUUGCUGGCCUAUUAGUGACGGCAAAACACUGCUAGCAUCUGCCAUCCACUGGGGACCUGCUAGCUGCCGUCAAGUAGGAAUUGAAAAAAUGAAAUUGAAAAAGGGUUAAAAAUAUGGUAUGAAAUAAUAUGGAAUUGUGCAGCCCAUGAGACAGUCUAAGAGUUGUUCUGAUUAAAUGUACACAUUGUAACUGUAUUGCAUUUAGUAUUCCAGCUCAAUUUGAUAAAGGUAUCACUUAUGAGCAAUUUUAUAUCUGAGUUUUUCUGCAUGUGAUGUCAAAACCGAUUUUUACUGCCAUAUUUGUAAAUAAAGCCUGGAGUGACAGGCACCCACGGACAAUGACUAAGAGGCAGAGGGUCAUUCACUCACAUUUCAUGUAAGAAUUUGCAAUAAUAAGUUGCUGUGCAGCUAGAACUGCAUUUUCUUUCAUUACCAUGAAGGCCUAACCAAUUUUCUGUGAAUUAAUGUCGUAUUCUGGUCUUUUAAAAGUCCCUCCUUUUUUCUUCCUUUUUAUUUGUUACAAAUAAGAGGGGUACCUGAAUACACUGAUUAAUCCUAAAAGCAAAUCAGAUAUUGUGUUCUGACAGAAAAUGAAUAAAAAUGGAAGGGCUAUAUUGUAGUGUUGAGCUACUCAAAAUUCUAGUAAACUUAUACAGUAAUUAUCUUAUUAGUUUCACACUUUUCUCAGUCUAAUUUUGACUGCUUACUUAAAAUCUCAAUCAUUAAACUUUUACCAAUAUAUUUUGUCCAAUUUUUUACCAUUUAUUAAUAAUACUGUGUACUUCUUCUUGUCAUGUCAUAGAUUUGGUCUUUUGUUCACAAAAUUCCCAAACAUUGCAUUUAAAAAGUAAUACCUGUAAGUGUGGUUAGUCUGAGCGUAAGUGAAAAAAAAUGUGUGUGAGAAAGUGAUAAGAUGUAUGUGUAUCAACCUUUUGUACAGCAGUUCUGAGCAUUUGGUAAUAAUGUAAAUUUAAAUUUCUGUGGCGAGGAAACUCCUCUGCUAAAACAGGACUACCCAAGACUUUGUGAUUCAAUCUUUCAAAUUUUACAGUCUUUAUUUGUCGAACUUUAAGCCGAAACAUUACAGUAGAUACUGCGGACACUGGAGACCAUAAGGACUAAUAUUGUAAGCAAUUUUAACUUAUGACGUGUCAAAAGAGUAGAACAUUACAUCUGGAUAACUUUCAUUCCAUUUCUGAUAACUCAUGAUUUAUGGUAUUCCAUUGCAUUUGUGAAAAGAAAGAAACUCUUUCUUCUAAAACUGUGUUUUGUGACAACAAGUUUAAAGAAUUUUCAAUAUUAUGAAAAGAAUUACUUAAGAAGCCUUCCUAGCGCUUUAUUUUACUUUGGAAGAUGCUAUUUCUACUUUUCUUCAGGAUUGCAUUUUGUAUAUUCUUUACUUUAUAUUAACUUUAUCAACUGGGAGAACUGUGUCUAAAAUUCAACUUUCAGAAAAUUAAAUCACUUGAAAAGAAGGCAUCAAGCCAAACUAUCUGUUACAAAACAUUCACAUUUUGAAUGUCACAGUUCUACCUGAUGAACUAGAAUUAUGUAGUGUUGUGAGUGAAUGACCUUUUGCUGUAAGGUAUGUUGCCUUAGGACCAUGUCCGAAGAGGGGCUUUGUGGUAUUUGCUGUGUACCAAUUCAUUUUAAGAUGGCGGUGGCUUUUCGUUUUCCAAAUCAGAAAUGAGAUUUCCUAUUGGAGAAUUGUUUUGCAUUCUACCUUUUUAGAAUUUGUUAAGGAAUGUGUGGCUUUAAAAUUGAUAAGCAUUUUUGUUAUUGUUUUGCCUUUUGACUAUUCUUUUUGGCCCCUUCUUUGAUAUUGAUGAAAUCAGCUGAAAAGAAUAGGGGGCGUAUUAAAAUUAUUGAUAUCUGAGAGCAAUCUGAACAAGACCAAUCAAAUGUAAUUGACUAUGUAAGACCUGUCUUAAUGUUUUAAUCUCUUCAUUUACCCAUGGGCUUACAUGAAUUUGUUUUUACUGUACUGAAAGACGUUAAAUUUUGAAUCAAUCUCAAAGAUACAAUAAACCCACAAAGAUGAGACCAUUUUAUAAGUUGCAAUUAGAACUCUUUCAUGUCUGCUUUUGUUAAGUUUGUACUCAAUAUUUGGUGUUCGUGAGCAGGCAGGCAGCUACCUUACUUAUCAUUCUCCCUUAUUCUUGGAACUUUUAUCUCAACUAAGAAAUUGUUCGAGUCAUGUAUCUGUAUAUGAGUCUAACUAAUACAAAUAUGACUGUGAUUCUGUGUUCCAAGAUAUUGACAGUCUUCAGUGCCCUAUUAUGGCUCAUAAAUUUUGAACCAUUUGGUGUCGCACUGGUUUUUGUUUCAUUCUGAAAUCCAACAGUUGACAUUUGUUCCUGAUUUGGUGUUAAGUGUUGUGGAAAACCUCAUUGUUUUUUUUUUUUGUUUUUCUUCUUGUUUUUAUGUUGUUGUUUUUUUUUUUUUAAAGUUGUCAUGUUUAUAAAUGUGUCUUUAACUUUUUUCUGAGAGUUUGUUUUUUCUUUAAUAUUUUUAUCCUUUGCUAUUGUAAAAGAAAAAGAGGAGACUGCAAGAUUCGUCUUUCUUUCUGGGUGGUAUCACUUUCACAUCAGGGGGUCUAUUGUCAGGACAAAAAUAGUCAAAGCUUUUAGAAAAUCUCGUCAUCUUUUGUUUAAGUUCAUCUUUUCCUUCUGAUACUUCUAGCUCUCUUUAUUGGACACAAACAUGUAUUAUGUAAAACUAAAAUAAAGUGCCAAAACUUAAAAACAG